CAUCCGUAAAUGGGUAUACACCUGAUGGAGUCUCAAAAAUGAGGAAUCUUUUUGAACGUGCUAUUCCGGCUGCGGGAUUCCAUGUUACUGAAGGCAAUAGAAUAUGGGAAGGAUAUAGAGAGUUCGAGCAAGGCAUCUUAGACACUAUUGACAAGGCUGACCUUGAGGAGAGGAAUAAACAGAUACAAAGGAUUCGAAGCAUAUUUCACCGUCACCUGUCUGUUCCGCUGAAAGAUUUGAGCUCCACCCUUAUUACAUAUAAGGCGUGGGAGUUGGAACAGGGCACGGACCUUGAUAUUGGAUCUGAUGAUUUGAGUAAGGUUUCUCCACAGGUUGCUGUUGCAAACAAGAAAGCACAACAGAUGUAUAGUGAACGUGCACAUCUUGAAGAAAACAUAUCUAAGAAAGAUUUAUCCGACACGGAAAAGUUUCAGCAUUUAAUGGUGCGUAUGGCUUAUUUUGCAGUUAAUAUUUGUCUGUAUUCUGUGUUGAAGUUGAAUUGUAAUAUGCCUACCAUCUGUAAUCAUAUUGCGUGACGGAUCUGAAUCUAGAGACUUGUCUAUUUGGAA